CGCGAAUCGGCCUUGUCCGUCGGUCACUCCGCCAUCGCCUCGCUCUCCUCCUCCACCGGGGCGGAGCAGGAUGAGCCUCUCUUCCCUCGCCGUCUCUAACCACCACCGCGCCGCCGUCUCGGCCGUCCGACGCCGCCGUCCGCCGGCCGUCCCCGGAAUUCCCUCUCUGCAUCGCUUCUCCUCGUCCGUGCAUGUCCCGACCGCGGUGGGAGCAAAGCCUCAUGGCCCGCCGCCCCGGAGAUCGCUCUGCCGGUGCAUCCUCGGCCCCGGCGGCGGAGCCCUCGCGCAGGACGCCGGAGCCACCGCGGCGGUGCUCGCCGGAGCUUACUCCCUCGUCCUCACGUUCGACACUCUCACCCAGCGGAACCUCAUCCAACAGAGCCUGAGCAGAAAAUUAGUCCACAUAUUGUCUGGGUUGCUAUUCAUGGCUUCUUGGCCGAUCUUCAGCAACUCCAUGGAGGCUCGCUACUUCGCUUCUUUGGUGCCCCUAGUGAAUUGCUUAAGGCUCGUCGUUAACGGGUUCUCAUUGGCUACUGAUGAAGGACUUGUGAAGUCCGUCACCCGAGAAGGAAAUCCACGGGAAUUGUUAAGGGGCCCAUUAUACUAUGUUAUGAUACUGAUUUUAUGCGCUAUUGUCUACUGGCGUGAAUCCCCAACGGGGGUGAUCUCAUUGGCAAUGAUGAGUGGUGGGGAUGGUAUUGCUGAUAUAAUUGGGAGAAGAUUUGGAUCCCAAAAGCUUCCUUAUAACCAGCAAAAGAGUUGGGCUGGUAGCAUAUCUAUGUUCAUAUGCGGUUUCGUAAUAUCGAUAGGGAUGCUCCAUUACUUCUCAUCUCUCGGGUAUUUUCAGUUGGACUGGACAAUGGCAUUGCAGCGGGUUGCGCUGAUCUCUUUGGUGGCGACGGUCGUGGAGUCUCUUCCAACUACGGAGGUGCUCGAUGACAACAUAUCCGUUCCUUUAUCGAGCAUGCUAAUGGCCUUUUGGAGUUUUGGGUAUUAGUUUCUCAUACUGCUGUCGUUUCUGCAACGCGAGUCUGAAGUGCCCUCAGGGUCUCUAUGCGCCUGUUUCAAGAGGAAUGAGACCUGGUUAAUAAUGGGCCGAACAUGUCGUGAUCAGGCCCAUCUGAAAUGUAGUAAACCGGCAAUCGAUCCUCUGCCUCUUUGCUUGGGCCCUUUAGUGGAGAUGUCAUGGUGAAGCCCUCAUGUAUUGGAACAAUUUAGAAUGUGGAACAGAGAUUGCGAUGCAAUUGUCAGAUUA